CUGAGUUCCAGAACAGAGCGUCUAAGCGGAAGCGACAAACAACGUCGGACAAAAACCCAAGAGAAAGGGUUUUAGGUACUAGGAUUUCAGCCGAUGUCGAAAGACUCCUAACAGUGAAAUACUUUGGCCUCUCUCAGCAGUUGGGAAGAGAGAGAUGGAAAAGACAGUGGCGACGCUGGACAAAGGGACGACCUGCUCGUCGUGGAACUACAGCGGACAGAGAAUGGCUACCGGCUCUACCGACGGUACCUUGGCAAUUUUCGACUCAGUCGACCCGACUUCUUCCUCUUUCACUUGCUCUUCUAGAUCCAAGGUUCAUGAAGCAAGCAUUGUGAAAGUUGUUUGGGUUCCUCCAGAAUAUGGUGAUGCAGUUGCAUGCAUUUAUGCUGAUGGAACUUUGUCAUUGUGGGAGGAGGUUGUUGAAGAUUCAAGACCCCUUCAAUGGAAGCUUUGCAAAGACUUUGAUAAAAGUUCAAAUCAAGUGCUAGAUGUGCAAUUUGGAGUCUCCCUCAUUGGUUUGAAGAUGGUUGCUGCAUAUUCAGAUGGCCACUUGAAAGUCUACGAGCUCCUAGAUCCAUUGGAACUGAAGAAUUGGCAACUUCAGGCAGAGUUUCAGAAUGUUAUCGAUUCAGUGUCAAAAUUUGGAAAGGCUGCAUGCUUGUCUGCUUCUGUCUCAUGGUCUCCAGAAAGAGGGGAAAGCCAGCAAUUGAGUUUUGUUCUUGGUUUCAAUUCAAAUAUAAUGCAACUCAAUUCUGCCAAGGUUUGGGAGUUUGAUCAGGAUCAUCAAAGAUGGCUCCCAGUUGCGGAAUUAGCUUUACCUGAGGAAAAGGGCGAUCCUGUUUAUGCAGUUGCAUGGGCACCAAAUAUUGGCAGGCCAUAUGAGGUAAUAGCAACUGCAACUCACAAGGGAAUCGCAAUAUGGCAUCUUGGAUUGAACCCCGAUCUUGAUGGAAGGCUCUCGGUGGAGAAGGUUGCUUCACUCUCUGGUCAUGAAGGCGGGGUUUGGGAGAUGGAGUGGGACAUGAGUGGGAUGACGCUAGCGACCACCGGAGGCGAUGGCGUGGUGAGGUUGUGGCAGUCUAACUUAAAUGGCGUUUGGCACGAGCAGGCAGUUUUUGAACCCACCACCUAGCCCCGGCUCUUCUCUUUUGCCACAACUUAUUGUUGUAUUCUGGCUCUUAUGUUCAAAAUUUCAGUUGGAUUCAACACUUCAGUUUUCCUUCGCCCCAACUGGGUAGUGUAGUGGAAUGUGAUCAUAUACUGAUUUCUGAGUACUGUUCAGGUUUACGUUUUUUCGAGCGAAA